CCCAACAUCAUCAGCACCACCGCUCGCUGCAACGUAGUAGCUUUGGAUAGCCACGGCGGAGGGAAUACGAAACAAAAACCGAUAAAUUUGAUCCGGAUCUGCGGACCGGCUCCAUGGGGGAUCAGCGGGAGUCCCUGAGGAAGAUCUCCACCACCCUGGCCCUGAAGAAUGAGGAGAUCCAGAACUUCAUCUGCUGCCUGAAGCAGAACCUGCAGAACCUGGAGUCGAACUCCGGGCGGGUGCUGGAGGACCUGGAGGCGGAGUUCAGCUCCCUGACCUCGGUGCUGGAGGAGCUGAGGGACGGGAUGGUGACCCGGAUCAAACAGGAGAGGGCCAGCCGCACCUACGAGAUGCAGAGCCAACUGAGUGCGUGCACCAAGGCCCUGGAGAGCUCCGAGGAGCUGCUGGAGCUGGCCAAUCAGACGCUGUGCAACUCUGAGACGGGCGGCUUCAACCAAGCGGCCAAAGAGAUAAAGGAUAGUGUGACUAUGGCCCCUGCCUUCCGCCUAUCGCUGAAGGCCAAGGUCAGCGCCAACAUGAGUCACAUGAUGGUGGAUUUCACCCAGGAGAGGAACACACUGCUGGCCCUCAGCUUCCUGCCAGUGCCCGCCACGCCGGAGAUCCAGGUGUGCGAGUGUCAGGUGUGUGACAACGCCGUCACCGUGGUGUGGGCCCUGCCGGAACCCGACAACAAAAUCGAGCACUACGACCUGGAGUAUCGCCGCACCAACCACGAGGGCCCUCCCCGCAUGCGCGAGGACCACCCCUGGAUGGUGGUGGAGGGGAUUCAGCAGACCGAGUACACGCUAACAGGACUCCGCUUCGACACGCGCUACAUCACCUUCCGCGUGAAGGCGUGCAACAAGGCCGUGGCGGGAGAGUUCUCCGAGCCGGUGAACCUGGAGACGCACGCCUUCCUGUUCAAGCUGGACUCGGGUUCGGCCCACCAGAACCUGCGCGUGGAGGAGAACAGUGUGGAGUGGGACGGGGGCGGGGGGAAGGUGCAGGACAUCCGAAAGGAGAAGACCAGAACCAGCUCACCCCUGCACUCACCAGCCAGGAGUGCGAUGAUGUCCCCAAAGAGGAUGCCCUCGUCCCGGGCGGGGCGGGACCGCUUCACGGCCGAGUCCUACACCGUCCUGGGCGACACGAUGAUUGACGCGGGCCAGCACUACUGGGAGGUGUGGUUCGACAAGGACAGCAAGGCGUUCGGGGCGGGCGUGGCCCUGCGCUCCCUGGGCCGGUUCGACCAGCUGGGCAAGAGCUCCGCCUCCUGGUGCCUGCACCUCAACAACUGGCUGCAGCAGAGCCUGACCGCCAAGCACAACAACAAGGCCCGCCCCCUGGACUGCGCCAUCCCCGACCGCGUGGGGGUGUACUGCGGCUACGAGGAGGGAGUUCUGUCCUUCUACAACGCCAGAACCAAGCAGCCCAUCCACACCUUCAGAACCAAGUUCACACAGCCAGUGGUGCCGGCUUUCAUGGUGUGGAACGGUAGUUUCUCGGUGCAGACGGGCCUGCAGGUUCCCAGCAUGGUGCAGAACGGGCAGAGGAGGAACAGCGGAACCAGCAGCUCCAAUGCCAGCCUCACCUAGAACCCGGGUCUAAAUGUCAGAACCACCGCAGAACCUCACCUAGAACCCGGGUAUCAAUGUCAGAGCCGCCACAGAACCUCACUCUUACAGGCUCUUUUUACUUCAGUCCGUGUUCCAGAUUUCGGGAGACGUCUGGAUUUUACUCAGCGCAAUUAUCCAGCAAACUCAGUCAUCCUGCUUUGGGGGGUUUUGCUCAGCACAAUUAUCCAGCUAACUCAGUAAUCCUGCUUCAUAAAUCAAGGCCCAGGACUCCAUAAACCAGCCCCACCCCACCAGCUAGUCUGCCUCCUCCUCUCACUUUGCUGGUUCUUGUGCCUUUAGGUCGCAGGGGUGGCCGACCGUGUCCUAAAAUGGCCGCCGUGCGUGUGGGUUUGUGUUUUAGGCCCAGCACACGAUGUCACCGGGCUGUACUUAUCAAGGUCUUGAUUGAAGACCACCCACCGUUAGUCAACCAGCAGGUAUCGGUUGCCGUAGCGCCGGGCUAAAGCAGAAACAAAAAACCCUGCACCCACACCGGCCCUUUUUUGGAAAACGGUCGACCCGCCCCCGUUUUAGGUGGUGCUCCACCCCACCCUAAAAAAAAAAAAAAAAAACCUCUUUUUGUUUAAUUUCACUUUUUAGCUGCUUUAAUCAUCAUCAGCAUAAUAAACCGGCCGGGGCGAAGCAGCAUGUUUAUUUACGAGCGCACACGCGUGUAACCGUGAGCUCUGUCGAGUUUUCACCGUUUCCGUGGUUUCAUAUCAAACAGGACCUUGCCAUUCUCUCUCUCUCUCUCUCUCUCUCUCUCUCUCUCUCUCUCGCUCUCUCAUCACAGAUCUGAAUGCUUUCGGACCGCACAAGUUAUCAGCAGAAAAACAAAAUUCCCCUGAUAUGGGGUAGCAGCAGAUUAGACUCUCUGGAUAGAUAGUAGGUGUGUCUGAAUGUAUUACUGCUUAUCACUGCACUGACGACAGUGGACUGGUGAUGUCACACUC